ACCAGAAGAGAAACUGGUUUGGCGCGAGGGUGCUCCGUCCACGCGUGCCUCCGUGUCGUGACUUUAGAAGAGACAGCUGUGUGGAUGUGCUCCCCUUUCUGCCUUGGCUGGGGCACAGGAACAACUGCAGAGCCCGGUGCUGCCGCUGCCAUCCGAGAGCCAGCCUGCUGAAGGACCUUUGCCCUCCCCAGCCUGAUAAUAAUGACACAGAUGCAGUUUAAAGAUGCAUUUUGGUGCAAGGAGUUCACCUUACACACCGGCUUUGAGGUGCUUGUACAGCGACUGCUAGACGGGAGGAAGAUGUGCAAAGAUGUGGAGGAUUUGCUCAAGCAAAGAGCUCAAGCAGAAGAGAGGUACGGGAAGGAGCUGGUUCAAAUUGCCCGAAAAGCAGGAGGACAAACAGAAGUCAACACACUGAAGGCAGCAUUUGAGAAGCUCAAGCAACAAAUUGAAAGCGUUGGAAACUCUCACAUCCAGCUGGCAGGAAUGCUGAAGGAUGAACUGAAAGGAAUAGAGGAGUUCCGAGAAAGGCAGAAGGAGCAAAGGAAAAAGUAUGAGGCUGCGAUGGAGCGCAUGCAAAAGAGCAAGUUGUCCCAUUAUAAGAAAACAAUGGAGUCAAAGAAGAGCUACGAACAGAAGUGCAAGGAGGCGGAUGAGGCCGAGCAGUCCUUUGAGCGGAUGAGCGCUUCAGGCAACCAGAAGCAAACAGAAAAGAGUCAGAACAAAGCCAAGCAAUGCAGAGAUGCAGCACAUGAAGCAGAGAAUGUGUACAAACAGAACAUUGAACAGCUGGAUAAGGCCAGGACAGAGUGGGAAGAGGCACAUAUUAAAACCUGUGAGGUUUUUCAGCUCCAGGAGUGUGACCGCAUCACCAUCCUCCGGAACUCGCUGUGGGUUCACUGCAACCAGCUCUCUAUGCAGUGCGUGAAGGACGAUGAGCAGUAUGAAGAGGUUCGGGUAAGCUUGGAGAACUGCGUCGUAGAGUCAGACAUAGACUACUUCAUUAAGAGUAAAAUGACAGGAACACAACCUCCAGGUGCAAUAGGAUAUGAGAACUACUAUGACAGAGAACCAAACAGAAGCAACAGCCCAACCCAGACUUGCGGGAUGAUGAAGAGAUUCUCUGGACUGUUGCAUGGAAGCAGCAAAAACAACGCUGAAAGCGUCAUUCCUUCAGCCCCUCCUUUCGCAGAAAAAACAGAUGGGGUCUACGCAUCUAUUUAUGUAAAUGAACAUGAAAGAACUUCAUCAUCACAGGACUACAGAGUACUUUAUGACUACACAGCCCAGAACAUGGAUGAACUGGACAUCAACGAAGGAGACAUCGUAGCUGUCAUUGAAGAAAAUGUUGAUGGCUGGUGGACAGUUGAAAGGAAUGGGCAGCGAGGCUUUGUGCCAGGGUCUUAUCUUGAAAAGAUUUGUUGAAGCGUAGCCUCAGUCCUUGGACUCUGAAAAUAUUCUACUACUGUAAACAAACAUCAUACAAGGUCUGCUGCAGCUGACCAAGAGCAACCCAUUAUACUGUCCUCUACAUUUACCAGUCAGGAAAUAACUGCUUUCGUCUUCCUUCCCACCAAUCCUCUCUUCCCCUCAACAACUUCUGGCCCACAUGGUCUGAAAAAGCUGUCUUCAUCUCAGCAAGACGAGGACUUGGGUUUCUCACACAUGUGCUUUCCACUCUCAGCACUGCUGCCAUGAGAAUCUCAAAUCUCGGUGAAUCUGGGAGAAAAGCCCUGCUUAGAACUUCACUAUACUAAAGGAAGAAGAAGCCAAUUCUGUUUGUCCAGGAUGGAGGACCACCUCCAGUCAGCCUGUGAGCAACCCUUACCACCAUAGCAGCCAUGACCUGCACCACGGAUCCCCUCUUCUCACUGCACACAUCAUGCAAGUGCUUCUGAGGGCUGAGCUAAAAGCAGGAAGCACACAUACUCAGAAAGCAGAUAGCUUUUACAUCACAAGGUCAUCCACGGCUCUGCUUUGCACUGAAUUCUGGGACAGCCAAACGAGGGCAGAUGAAGAGCCCAAGGCCUGCUUUUACCUCAGUUGGAUGGUUUCUCUGAUACUUUGCUGAGAUUUCUCAUGCUUAAAAAAAAGUCUUCUAGCAGUGCUGCCCUGCCCUGAUCCUGGGAAAGAAGUGCUAGGUGUCUCCUCAUGAAGACUGCACAGAUGUGCCUUCAGUGCAUUCUCCUUUUAACUUCUCUCUCCACCCAGCUGAUCCUUUCCUGCCCACAGGCUUUUCAGUCUCUGACUAUCUACAGUCUCUGCAGCUCUGGGAUAGCUGGCGCAGAUUUGGCUGGGUUCCUUUCCAGUGACUUGUAACGUGCUUGUUCUACAACAAAGCCUCUUCAGAGAAGCUGUGCUGAGCAGGUUCGUUGCACCUCACAGCUUACAGCUGUAGCAGUCUUGCCAGUCCAGCAUGUAGGAAUGUUUCCUACCACCACUAUACUUUGCAAGAGAUCAUUAAGUACUUUGUGUCACUUCUCUCUCUUUAGCAUUCAGUGACAGUUAAAAAAAAACUAUACCAGUGAUUUGAUCUGAAGUAGAAAGUGCUAUUUCUGGGGCUAGAAUGGCCCGUUUGUGAAGGUUUCAGAUCCUAAAACUGAACCAAAUCAAUGAAAAUGAGUCUAAUUGCACCUCAGAAGGCAUGGAGCGGGAAGGAACUGUUAGCUAAGGCAACAGUGAGAAAAAAGUCUAGACAGAAGAAAAAGCUGUGACAUUCAAUGCGAUUAUUUCUGAAAUUAAGCAGAGCGAGAGCCAAAGGCACUUGCAUUAUCUUAUUCUCAUUUCUUGAUUCCAGAAUGGAAUAGAAGUUGCUGCAUGCCCUCUCUGUGCUCCUGCACACACAGCACACUUGUCUUUCCCACGCUUGCCCAAGUUACCAUGUUGCACACCUGCACUAGUGCUGAAGGGCUCUUAGCAGCUCCCAUCAGCAGAGGCUCAGAGGAAGAACUUGAAUGUCAUUGCAGGCACUAGGCUGUACAAACAGCAGUACUCACACAGGCUGAGGACGUCAAUGACAGCUUCCUGUGACCAAGCCUGAAUUGACAGUGCUAAGAGUCCACAACAGCCUCCAAUUAGUUAACUGCACCAUAAAUGCAGCUGCCAGACAACAACAGUUCCUUAUGUACAGCAUAAGAGGAAACCUGAAGCAUGAAAGAUUUAAUGUAUUUGCUUCUUGAAUUCUGGGUCUCUCACCAAGAGGACUGAUAUUAACCAACAGAUAUUGAAAUAUUUUGCAAGCAAACUUAAUUUAAAAAAAAGUCUCUAAAAUGCAACUCUUCUAAUAUAUGACACAGGGAUUCUGCUAAGACUCCUCACAGCCAGCCUCACACAAGACACUGCAAUACCCAGCCCUGGUUACCUUGAAAUCCUUUUAUGGAUUGUCUUUGCCUACACGAACCAUAUGGUCCACAUCAGCUGACAGACAGAUGGUGACUACUGUAUCUCCCCCAUCAAAGCAUUUCAUAUUUUUGCUGUUAAAUUCAGGAAACUUGUUCCUUUCCUAUCUUUUUUCUUUUUCUUUUUUCCUGUCAAGUUUUCUUCUGUUUGUUGCAACUGCAAGAGGCUAUAUUUCAAAUCUACCCAUCCUUAUAGCAUUUGGGUCCCACAUAUCCUUAUCCAGGCUGAUAAGGAAAUGAAACAGCAACAGCAGUGUUUUCUCAUAAUUCAGUUUCUCUUCUUUAUGCUGAAGAAUCUUGCUGAUAAGUAGUUAAUAAGCCAUAUCUAUGCAGCUUGCUCUAUCAGUGUGUCAGCACUUGUCAGAAAUAAAACAGAGAUACGAAGAAAUACCCACACACCCCCUUAAAGCACCCCUUCCAGUGCCAUCCAUUCCAGGCAGUACAAAAAGCAGGAAGGUCAAUCGUAGGGUAUUGCCUUAAUAAUAACGUUGCCUCUCCAGCUUGGUAACUAUUUGGUUACAAAACUGAAGCAUUCAAGAAAUCAUUUAAUUUUCAGGUGAAACUAAAACAGAUCCUUUCCAGUGACAGGUGUACUUAAACUAAACUCCAGUGCAUUUGGUUGAGAUGCUUUUCUGAUAGACACUUCUGAUAAGGCUCUACCUCCACCUUGACUACCAUUUUUUGGCAAGGAGGUGUCAAGCAACAAGUAAGGCCAUAGCAACAGUGGCACACAUAGCUUUGUCAAGUAAACUAAUUUCACAGCACGUCCACAAUCAGCAGAUUGCCUCUACAGCACUACCUAUGCUGCUAGUGCUCUGGAUGGGUUCACACACAAGCAGCUGCUAGCAGACAGUGAGGAACAUGCUUUUGCCAGCUGCUCUGCAAAGGGGGGAGCCUAAUUACCCACUUACAGCCUAUGGCUAAUAUGUAAAUAGAGUCAAACUAAUUAAAGCAAGUUUGCAGUAACGUUACUGAGCUGUUUUUGAAUAAGCACUGCAGGGUAGACCUCACUUUGCACAACUGACAACAGAUAUUUCAUGCUGAACAAUUUCAGACUUAUAACUGUUAUCUCUAGAAAUUCUUAUGAGAUUGUAAGAAACCAGCGGGCAUCUUCUAUCCAUUAAACAAGACGGGUAAGAAAGACUGGAGUCGUUUCCCACAUAGAUCACAACAGAAUACAAACAGACUGAGGUUCGCACCUGCUGCUCUCCUAGAUGGAUUCUGGAUUUGAGCAACGUGGUCACAAGACUGCUACUAAGUGCAGAGAUUCUAUUAUUCCUUUAACAGAAGCAAAUUUUCAAAAGUUGGAAGCAUGCAACUCAGACCAACAGUACUCUUAAACCAGGCUCAGUUAUGUACAUUACUGUCCUUUUACCAUGCUGUUAAUUAAGGAGGAGAAUGGGAAAACCUGGUUGAAUGUGCAAUUAUAAAAUGCCUGUUAAUGCAUUGAGGCCCACUAUUGCACAAAACAGAUUUCAGCUGCUGCAUGUACCAUUAAUAGCCCCCAAGCCCGCUGAAAACCCUUGGUCAGAAAAAGCAGUAUUAGGCUGGUAAGAAGGACUCAACAAACACAGUUAGGACUUAAUCACAAAGAAAGGACCUUCUGCCAAGUUUUACAGGUCCAUUGCUACAGACAGGUAGCUUCUGGCACUGUUAGCAAGUACUCAACUGAAAUAAAUAAAUAAACAAAUCCCUUCUACAAUAGAUAGAGCAGUCACCAACAUCAGGAACACAGUGGCUACUGGAGGUUUUGAGUGUCACCUCCUUGAAGACUCUUGCUUGAACUACAUAUCAAGAAUAAUCCCAGCACACGUGAGCCAUAGCACUGACAAAUCACAUAUGUAAGAUGUUAACAGCAUCAACUCUUACCUUGUAUUCCUUCUCAUCUUGCUCCUUCAAGGGGUGCCUUUGAAGUCCAGGGCUCCUUUCCAGAGGUAAUUUUAUGGAUGAAGAUACCUGAUUGCAGCUUACUCACUCACUACUACAUGCAAUUUAAGUGGAAGCACACAGAUGCCAAGAGUAGAUUCGUUACAAGCCAGGCAUCAGGUGGUGCCUGACAGGAACCUGGCUGGGUGUUAAGAAACACCUAAUAUAAGCACUGAUGGGUAACUAAUAUGCUGGCUUCUAUAGCACGAUGUAACCUCUUGGCUGCAUCGGUGCUGGCUGGCUGGCUUACCUUUGCAGACUUAAGAGAACCCAGGGGACUCUCUAUCAGUAGUACAUAAACUGAGUCUGCUGCACUGAAAUAUUGUUAACCUUCAGUGUAGACUGGCAAUAAUUCUGAACAGUACAGAACAAAUAGCCAAUCCUCAAAGAUCAGUUUCUGCUGCUCAAAACCACCUUCUCUUCCCUUGCUUUACUGCUCUCCAACCACACAACUACUAAUAAUUCACACACCCUAAAGCACAAAAAUUACUCUUGGCACUAACGAGCAAGGAAAACAAGAAGGUGCUCUUAGCUCGGCCUUCACCUCUCAGGUCCACAUCUCCUUGUUAUCAGGGGCUCACAGUGAGCUGCCAAGCCUCAGAAGUAAAUCAGUUAGCUGUUACAAAACAAAACUAAAAACACGAUUAGGAUGAGUCACUACCAUUCACCAGCUUCCUACACUGAUUAGAAUACCCAUCACAGGUGUUUUUAAUAGCACAGCUGUGGAUUCCGGCACGCUCACUGGAGUAGGGCUGAAGAGAAGAGAACAGCUGAGAGUUCUACCAUUUCCCUUCAGAUAAAGUGUUUGUUGUUUUGUUUUUUUUUAAGGAAGGAAAUAAAAUUGGUAUGCUAGGCCAUGUCAGGCUUCUGGAAACUAAAUGAUUGCUAGGAGCUUGCGGGGCUUGAUGAGUGGGUUGAUUUCUCUUUUUUUAGGGGAAAGAUGACUCUCAUAGAAUAGGUUUUGGAUGGGGAGUGAGAAUUACUGCCCUGCGAGUUAGUGUGUUUUUAACAAAAUGACAAUAGCCCACUGACUAAGAAAAAACUAACAAUGGAAAGGGAAAAGUACUUCUCCUCACAGUGUUAGCAAUUACCCACGUUCAAGGCCAACUCAUGUUUUGGCAGAGAGAAGCUCAAGGUCACAGUUACCCUCAGAUUUGCGUAGCGCUGAAUGACACACAGUGCCAAUUGGAUCUGUUUCUAGGAUGGACAGGUAAUCAUAUUUCUGUCAAAUUAGCCAGCACACAUGGCAGUGCUCUUCCUGUCCUUCCAGUAGCUGUUGGAGGACAGAAGACACCUGACCUGGCACAGAGCUGCUCAGUGCAAAGUUAAGAGCAAAUUUACAGCCUGUCACUGCUGCGUGUCAUGUAGCUGCAGCAAUACUGUCCGGCACAUGGUUCAAAAGCCAGAUCUACCGUGUUCUGACCCAAGGCAUAAACUAAAGACUGGAGUAUGUCUUUGUUGAGAGAGAAAACUCUAAUAGAAAGCACUCAGGACUUCCAGCUAUCCUUUAGCAAAAUCAGGAGAAAUUUGACUUGUUAUAGCUGAAAUUUACAAGGGAAAAGACAAAAUCCUCCAAAAUCAGCAGGCAAACAGAGCUGGGCUUAGAAUGCUCUAAUUCUCAGCUAAGAAUUAGAAGUUUCCACAUAGAUUCUUGAUGAUGAAGAGGAUUCAAAGACAACUGGGGUGAGGUGGGGGGUGAGGGAACAGGUAUCCUAGGGUUUUCCUUUGAAAUCAGAAAGAAUUUUACAUAUCAGACGUGGAAGAGCCAGUACUGCUCAGAUUUGAAAAGAGAACAGUGCAUCUAGUCCCAGCUUUGCUGGCUGCAGACGUGAGAUAAUAAUCACAAUCUAAAGAGCAUGGGGGAGCUGGGGGAAGCUUAGUACAUCCCAUUCCACUGUGCUAGGGCAGAAAUGCUCAACAGCUGCAUCUGAGAAAGAAUUGUUUGAAAUGUUAAGCCGUAAACAGUCUGUGUAGGAACUUCUUGGGAAAGUGAUGAACUUUAACCUUCCUGGGAUAAAAAUGUUAACGUAAGUGUGAAAGGGAAAGUUUUCAAUGCACUGAUAGACAUGAGAAACGCUUUGUCUUUAGAGAAGGGCUGCACAGCCCUCCCUGUGUCUGAACCAUUGUGAGGAAGGGAGACAUGAGUGACAGUGACUUUGUUCCACUAAGUGCCAUCUAAAGGUUUUACUACGGUCACUGCUCAAUUCAGGGAUUCAAAACCAAAGAGAUGCCAUAUUCUAGAGAUAGAGGGGAACUUGAGAAAUGCAUCCUCCCUGCUCUGCAGGAUCCUCUACCAAGUUUUUGUUAAAAACAAAACAACAGAAUACAAAAUACAGACCAUUUAUCAGCACAGGACCUAAAUUUAUCUUUGCUCUUCAUGCUGUAUCCGCAGUGCACUAUCACACGAUGUCAACACUUUUGUUCGCCACCCAUGUGUACCAACAUUGCCAGGUUAUAACAGUGGCUUUCAUGCUUUUAAAAUGGAUGCUUUAUUCCAAGUGCAAGAGUAAAGUAUAGUGCUUGGACUCUUAGCAACAAGCAUUACUCUCAGGAAUGGAGCAUUUUCCAAACCCUGGAAGUGCCUGCUGGGAACAGCACUGCCCAAUUCCUCUGUAGAACCUCUUAGGAAACAGUCAUGCCUAUCUCCUGUUUGGUGGAGGCCUGGUACAGAUGUACGUGGGGCAAUGCUUACUAAAGAUGGCUUGCCUUUUCUUGCAACUGACAGCAUUUGAUAACUACCCCUCUUCACUCGAUUCACUAGCAGCCCCGUUCAGUAUGGAGCAUUAUCUUACUGAAGUUUUGUUUAGGUGUGAGAAACAUUUCAGAGUUUUGCUUAAAAGCAGUUUUUCAGAUGAUUCCUGCAUGUAAGGAAUCACAGAAGCUCCUAAGCACCUCAAACAUCAGUGGCUUGCUUCACCACUUGAUUUAUAUCAAGGAAAUUAAUCCUGGUUCUUCAGUCACAGCCUGAUGCUAGCAAAGGUCUGACAGCAGUUCAUCCUGGAAAAAGCUAAAGUUCAUCUCUGGAAUGAGGCAAAGGUCCAUUUGGGCUGCUGCCCAAAGCACUACACAACCAAGAUGAAAGCAAAGCUGUCUCCAAGGCGUUGAGGGGAAUAGAUCUGUGACCCUACACUGCUAUGGCUCAUUCUAGUGACAAGUAGGCCAGGAUUAAGCCUUACUUUUGAGCAGUAAGUGACACGCUGCAUAGAAGGACGUGUUGCAGGAUUACUUUGGCUUUUUUUUUUUCCCUGCAUGUAGACCUUUCACCAGGAAGUAGGAGAGAAGGGCAAAGUUUGUACUUGCUGAUUCAAUCCAGCUCCAGAGGGAACUGGAUCAGCAAGGAAAAGAUUAGUGAGAUGAAUUUUUGAAAGGGGAUUUGGAAUUCUAAGUCAGCUUAGUUUAAGUAUAAGGGGCACGUGCUCCACUCAGAGUGGCAGCAAAGAGCAAAUGUGAAAAAGAUAGUUAGGAGGUUCAAGUAGCAGACUGCUGAACACAGCAUUCAUACACGUAUGCACAUAUGCUAUGGGAUACGGUGCACGGGAAAACCCAAGAUCCAGUACACUUAAAGACUUCUGCAUUUCAGUGGGAUUUAUCUGAGACCUAAGAUUCAGUCAGUUACAAGGUCCACUGUUUCUGUACUGCAGAGGCUAUCACUACAACUGUUAUCACAUGUAGUUUUUCAAUUAUCACCUAAAAUAUCAAGUACAAAAAAUUAAAAAUCAAAAGCUGUCAUCUUCCUGCUACCAAGACAGGCAUUUUACUAGCUUUACUGAACUGCACCCAGGCUAUUUCCCUGCUUAAUAAAAGAAAUCCGUACCUGACCACACCAUACCAGACUACAGUUCGAAUGCAGCUUAUUCUCAUGAGCCUUACAUUAGACUUCUAGAAGUAAAGCAUGGGACUUGCAUUGCAGCUCAUGUCACAGUCAUUCAAACAGCAGCAAGAGAAAAUAUCUGAUUUGAAGAAAAUAGCCUUUUUUAACAAUGUGUUAAAAAGCCCUGGAUCAGGUGAGGUUUACCACUGUAGGCAAUCUACAUGCUUGUGUGCUCCACAUCGCAUAUACAUGUUCGGUCAUUCCUCAAAUAACUCCUUGUGCAGUCUGCACAGAGACCUCAUUGCCUCUCCAGCAGAGAGCACCUGAUCCAGUUGGUUUGGAUGAGUGACCAUUUCAGCUGUGCAGCUAGGGUGAAGAAAACAUAUUGCUAUUUGGAAUCAAAAAUUGAAGUUCCAUCAAGCAAUACAGAUAUAUCCACCCCCCUUAACAAGAAGACAAACCUUUUGCUCUCUGAAUCAAUAUGACUAGUAUUCAUAGCUUCACUGGCUGAAGAAGCAUUAAGAAUAGUAGAUGCUGAAAAGUGGCUAGACUUCAUAAAUAAUAUUACUAGUAUUUGACAGUGCAAUGAAACAUGAAAAUGUAAUUCAUGCACUGAAGUGUAAUCAGUCCUACAGAGCUUCCAUCAAGUCUAUCAACAGGGUACUGAAAGUCAUUUAUUGGUUCUGUAUUUCCUAUGCUGUAAUAUCUCACUGUUACAGAUUUGAUUUCUAUUAGAUACUGUGCUACAGGUAAGUCAUGGCAGAUAAAUGAACAGCCUACACAUUCCGUACUCAAAAACACGAGGCCUGCUCCAAAGCUAACGGUGAAUGUUAGUGGUAUGGCAGUAGGGGUUGAACCUUCCCCCCAGAAUUCUGUUACCUUUGGUUGCUGUGGGACAGACAGCAGCAGAGGGGCACUGACAAAAUGGCGUCUGACAGAGAAGCAUGGAUGGAGCAAACAGGUGAAGUGAAUUCCUCCAUGGGGAGAAAAUGGCAGCCAUCGACAUUCAUUGGUGCUGGCUGAACAUUUAUGAAGACCAAACAGUGAAUGUGAGCUCAGUGAGGCGGUGGGUGGUGCAUUUCAACAGUGCUGAGUGGGUCACCUCUGCUGAUAGCAGAUUUUUACUAGCACAGCACGCAGGCUACUGUUCAUCACAGGCAAAAAUGCACAACCAAGGGUAGCAGUGUUGUUGAAAAACAGCAUUUUAUAGCUGAGAAUUUGCUCUAUGGAACAGUGUUACUGUGCUCUGUGUAGCUGUUGUCAUGUCCACGGAAAUAAAUAGAAGGCAUUACUUUUUGGAGCAGCCUAUAUAAUUAAGUACACAGCAGAAACAUCUUGAGAGCAGUCAAUACAACUACAUCUAAAAGUUAUAAUCAAGAGGGAUUGCUAGAAUGCUCAACUUCAAAAAUACUACAACAUGUUGAUGUUGUGCCUGCAAGAUGAAAGAAAAAAGAGAGUUGAUCAGUGAUGGUAACAUUGAAGGAGAAAAUAAAAAUUCACAUUUAAAAUAUUAACAAGAAUGGUGCUCACACCUCAGUUUCAAGUAUGCAAGCUAGCUAAGGUAUGCAGGAAAAGUGAAAACUAAAGAAUCACAGUGCAGACCAGAGAUACUGAGCCAGUGAAAUGAAGAUGUGGCUUGGCUCCAACAGAGCCUACACCACAAACUACAACACUACUGAGGAAACCAAACUAGCUGGAAUUGGAAGCAGUGGUCCUCCCCAGGUGCUAUUUAAGUACAGAAUCAUAGAAUGGCCUGAGUUGAAAAGGACCCCAAAGAUCAUCUAAGGUUAAUUUAUGGUAUUUUUCUCAGCAAUAUUAAGUAGCCCCUACUAAACUGGUGUACUACCACAGCUCAGUCGCCUCUGGUACUUGUUUUGAACUAGCUAGUGCAGUUAACACUGCAGACUGCAGUCCUAAACUAAACAGGAUUCAACAGAAACAACUAGAAAAAUUAGCAACUGAAUGUUCUAGAAGGAAAUAUUACUAUUCCACACUGCUCACACAAGUUUUUACUUUUUGCUUGGGUGGGCAAGGAGCUGUUUUGUCUUCUGUGCUGUUCAUUAGGACAAUAAAAACAAUACUGCAAAACACUGCCUUGAACACUGACAGUAGCCUGAGUUUCAUUAUGCUGUAACUUCAUUUGAAGAGUCACAAUACAAGAAAAGCCUGUAUUGUGGGAAAAACUAUGUAUCAGAGUAUUACUUGUCAGACUGGCUUAUGUCACUGAGACCUUCCUACUGUUCUCUAACAAUAACAUAGUUUUUCUCAACAGUGAAAAAAACACUUAGAAAUAUCUCAUUGCAGUGUGGAUCUUCAGAGUCAGGUGAAGAAAACACUGGGAUGCAAACCCUGUGUAGGCUGUUGAGCAACAAGUCAAGCAGAAAAGGCAUACCACUUCACCAGCUUGCUGAAAGAGACGCUCUGUAAUAGCACUCCUUCUCCCACAGGACAGAAAGGUAGCUUGUCAUGUUUUGCAGCACAUGAAUAGUUUGCUAAGAGCAGAGUUUUAAUAAGAGUAGCAGAUACCAUGGAUUCAGCAUAUGUAAGAACUCAGCCAGAAGAGAAGCAAUUCAAGAAACUUUGCUCAGAUGCAUUCCUGACACUGGCAGCAACUAGCCCAGUGUAUCAACAGACAUUUUAUCAGCUUAACAUAUUCACAAAAGAGCAGUUUCUCUUUAUACAUGCAUACCCAAACACAAUGCUCUUCUGCCACGAAGUUAAGUGCCAAAUAAGCUGCAAUUACUAUUACAAUUACUGUACAAUAGGUACACAGAGCAGUACUUCCAUGAAUAACUGCAACCCACACCUGAGCUUUCUGUCUAAAAUGCACAGUAAAUGCAACUCCUUGACAACCAGAACAGGUACUUCUAUUGUUUACAACUUUUAAUGGGACACCUAUACAGGAACUAAAGCUGGAUAAACCUCACCUUUGCCUUCUGUCUUUAAUAUUGAAGUGACUCCUUUUCUACAGACUCAGGAUUAAGGAAUUUUUCUUCAGGAUUAUACAAAGACCAAAGACCGAGUUUCAGAAGCCUGCCACAUCAGGUUGCAGUUCUGGAGUUGUAAGCAAAAUGGAUUUAUUGUCAAUCCAAGCCUUUUAACAGUAUGGUUAUAUUUAACAUUAAUUAAGCUAACAUAUACCAGUUACAAAUAUUUAACCCCUCUGGCUUAUAAUUACCUUCAGAAUUCAGGAACUCUACACAGGUAGAAGUUAUCACAGAAGGUAUGGUGACAAAUCAAUGCUAUCUCAAUCCCCAAAUGAGAACUUGUAAUAUGCUUUCUUACUUGAGUGUGAAUCCUGCUGUUUGUACUAACGAGCACACAGCAACCCAACUAAAUCUAUAAUACACAAUCACUCAAAAUCCAUAAGUAGUAAAAGUCAGCUCCUACUACAUCUCUUUUCGUAUCUGACUACUACAGAGGUAGCACUUAUUCCCAGUUUGAGGCAAUCAUACAAGACAUUGUGUAUAGAAUGCUGACAAAUCAUGCAAGAAGGCCACUAGCUUCCAACAACGAAUUCACAGCAGUUAUAAAUUGUACUGGGUUAGUUUAGACUUUUAUGCAAGUAAGGUGUUUUGAUUAGAUUUUAAAAAAAGUUUCUACAUUCCCACAUGAGUUUUCUUUGUUUUAGAAAGCACACAGAGGCCUCCCUGAUCUACAAGCAUGUAUUUGGUGCUAUGCAGUCAAGUCACCUGUAGUACAUUCAUGUCUUCCAGAAAGAUUAACAAGUAUGUGCACUAUAGCAGAAAUCUUUCUAUAAUUACACUGACUUCAAAGAAGUAUGUGUAGGCUGCUGGCUGCAGAGCUUAUAUGUGCCUUGUAGCUAAUAAAAGCUGACCUCUUUUUGAAGUAUUCUUACCUCUGUUUUGUGCAAUACAAACCUGUUUUAAAAUCUGCCCUGGUCUAGUUUUAGAAAUUAAGUUUCAUUUCUCCGAGAUUUUACCAAGCAUAUAUAAUGUAUGUAAUACAACAUGAUGCAGAUAAUCCUUAAAUUCAUCCUCUCUUCUAACAGUAGAUUCUGUUAGCAGGCUUACGUACCACAUCCAUGACAUUUAAUACCAGAGUCCCAAGAGGCCUUUCAGGUUAUUAACCUACAUACAAUUCUAAGAAAGAAAAUGUAGGCCCCAAAGGCACAUCAUCUGCAGCCCAUGUUUAGAAAUUAACACAGAAGUCCACAAGUGUACUUUUACAACAGUGAAACAACAGGAAGAAAUUUAAAUCUCUCAAGUGGUUGGUCUUGGUAGACCACACAUUAGAAUUGCCCUUUCUUAACUGACAUUUCUUCGGGUGUCUGAGAACACUAUGAUGCAACCAAUGUGGCUGAACAAAUCUAUUUUGCAUAAUAAAGAGCAUAAGAAAAAGCAAGAGAAGUUCUGAACAUUCCUGUCUUCCGCAGACGUAACUGAAGCCUUUGAAAGCAGAGCAGUGACAAAAUCUCUGAAUAACACAGGACAGAUUAACAUGUAAUUAAAAUAUAACAGUAUUUAUCCCCCACUGUUGAGAAAUCACAGAUUCGUCCCUAACCGUACUCACAAGGUGUUAACGUUCCACUAAGUUUAAUUAAGUUUGCUCUGCUGUGUUUCUUCAGUACCGUAUCAAAUAAAAAGAACAAAUCCGAUACAAACACAAGCUUCCAUCAAGCCUGAAGUGAAUUCACUUAAGUCUCUAUUUCAAACAGGUGCUUUCAUAUGUUAAAGCUUACACUUCCAGCUCUUGCGGACUCCAUUUGAACCAAUACACUGGAAUCUUAAAUAGAAAAACCAGACACAAUUAUAGGGCGGAUAUACAGAGAUUUAUUUAAUCAGGUUUACUAUUUACAGUUGAGAUCACUUUCACAUACUACUUUGCUACUCUACAUGGCUACAUCGUUUCCAAACCAGUUUAAGAGCUACACUCUAACAGUUCACUCAACACAUAAAACCGCUCCUCAUAGAAAAAUGAAAUAUUUCAUUAUAGAACAGUAGUGCAUACAUUAUACUCCUGAAAAGCCAGCUUGUAUUUUAAAACACUAAUGCUUGAAAGGUUUGAUCUCUGAAGGUCGAAAAUGCAGUCGCAUGAUCCUAAGAUUUCGGUUAGUUUUUGUUUUACUAUUUAUAUAUAAAGAGUA